AUGGUCCUAACUGGAUGGCAACGUUAUUCACAUGUAACACCACUUUGUGAACUUAUAUCAAUUGGCUUGCCAACAAUGGUGGCUCAAUCUGUAUUUCUUAUAACUUGGAGUGAUAAAAAGGAUUUGACUAAUACAGAAAAAGAAACAAAAUUGGAAAUUAUAAAGAAGUUACUUGGCUGUCAAACGAAUGUAGACGACUUAAUAUUUGAAGGAAAAAAGUUUCCUCGAACAUUUGAUUCGCAGAUUGUAAAAUGUCAGUUUCCUGGUGCUGAUCUCUACAAACAGAUGGAAAAAGUCAGAGUCUUAAUAUGGAAAUUGGGAGUGUUAUUCAAUGAAAACAACGGUUGUGGAAAUACUACUGAAGAAAAGCAAAGUAAUAGUAAAGAGAAAAAACGACACGAAAUUGAACACGAAUUUAUUUCUUCCAUUCGGCCCAAGAUUGAAGAUUUACUUCUCAAAUAUUUCUACAAAGAUACAGUUGCAGAGUGGUUAGUUCAACACCGCUCCCUUUGUGAUUUUGUUCCAAUGGAUGGUGGUAGGUCUCUACUUAGAUAUGAUACAGUGCUGGAAAAAACUAUAGCCGCACUUUUGAAAACUUUGUAACUUAAGAAGGAGUUACCCGAACAACAUCAAAUUUUGUUGAAAAAUGUAAAAAAUAUAUAGGAAAAUAAUGGUAUUUAGAUAUUCUCAAAAUUUUAAAAACAAAACACAAAAAUUUUAAAAAUUCAAAAAUACGCGUAAUUUUUACUG